UGCUGUUACUAAGCAACUUGUUUUGGUAAAUCGACUCUCUCUCUCUCUCUCUCUCUCUGGAAGGAGUGGAUGUGUGUGUGUGCGCGCGCGCGCGCGUGCAACACCUUUGCCUCUGCUACUACAGCAGGAUUUAUUCCGCGUGACACUCCGACACUCCACGAACAACGAGUGAUGCUUGUUUUCCGUGCAUUUCCGGUUUUACGAGUAGGCUAAAUGACAUGCAUGUGGAGAAAGAUGAAGAAGCUGAGGAAGCAGACGGUACGGACCCUCUCUCUGAUCCUCUGCAUGUUCUCCUACCUGCUUGUGGGCGCCGCCGUGUUCGAUGCGCUCGAGUCCGAGUCGGAGAGCGCGAGGCGGCGCGUGUCCGAGCAGCGGCGCGCGGAGCUCAAGGCGCGUUACCGCUUCACGGACGACGAUUACCGAGAGCUGGAGCGCGUGGUGCGGCGCGCGGAGCCGCACAGAGCCGGGACGCAGUGGAAAUUCGCCGGAUCCUUUUACUUCGCCAUCACAGUCAUCACCACGAUAGGUUAUGGUCAUGCAGCUCCAGGUACGGAUGCUGGGAAAAUCUUCUGCAUGUUUUACGCUGUUCUCGGGAUCCCUCUCACUCUGGUCAUGUUCCAAAGCCUGGGUGAAAGAAUGAACACCUUUGUACGCUUCCUGCUCCACCGGGGGAAAAAGUGUCUGGGUUUCCGGCGUACGAGUGUGUCCAUGGAGAACAUGGUCCUCGUGGGCUUCCUGUCCUGCCUGGGCACGCUGUGUUUGGGCGCGGCCGCUUUCUCGCACUUCGAAGGCUGGACGUUCUUUCACGCCUACUACUACUGCUUCAUCACGCUCACCACCAUCGGCUUCGGUGAUUUUGUGGCUCUGCAGAAGAAAGGUGACCUCCAGGAACGGACGCCGUACGUCAUCUUUAGCUUCAUGUACAUCCUGGUGGGCUUGACAGUGAUCGGAGCCUUCCUCAACCUCGUGGUGCUGCGCUUCCUCACCAUGAACACAGAGGAAGAGAGGGAACGAGCGUCAUUAAAGAGGAAAGAACGCAACUUAGGCUCUCUCGCUGACCAGAACAGCCAUAGCACGCUCUUCUUGCCGAUGGAAGAGGGGACGAGUUGCACUAACCUCAUCACGUCUCCGGGAAAUGAAUGCUACUGCCGUCCAGCUCUUCCUCGCCCUCCGAGUCCGGAUCGUCAGCGGUCGCGUCUCAAUUCUCUCUGCUCUUGCUGUUAUCGCUUUGAUUUGUGCCCCAGCCUCAUUCCAUCUCGACCCAGCUGCAACGUUGAUUCGGUUUACUACAGUUCCAUUUCUUAUCGGAUCCACGGAGGUUCCUUUACCAGGGAAAAUACGGGAUUUUCCUCCCCGGGAAGCACACUGUCUCCUGGGCACAGUUUCAGAGAACUACCCCGCUUCCGGAGGAAGUCCAUCUGAUUGUUCAUAACAUUUAAAGACAUGAUUUACAGAUUAGACGGAUAUUAUAUGCAUAUAUUUUUGUAGCACACACAAUAACCAAGAUCUUUUGCUUGUUGUAAGAUAAUCUGCAUGUUUGAAUGUUUGCAAAUGGGGUAAAAAAAAAUCUGAUGUCAACAUAACAAACUAUUAAUCUAAAGAUUUUAUCAAGAGAAGAGCUGAGACAGUAUGAAAAUGCGAUAUGCUAGUUUUCAGUCACUCUUAGUAUCUCCUUGUAACGUCUCAUAUUUAAAGGAAAUAAUUAAAUGCUGUUAUACAGAUUUCAUAGAGCUCUUACAAUGCAAAAUUUGAGCAUUUGUACAUUUUCAGGGCGGAUAGUCAGAUCUUUUCCAGUAUAAUACAAACUAGAGGUGUGUAUCGAGACUCGAACCUGACAAAAAAGUCACAGGAGCUCAGAUAUGAAGCUUGCAGAACAAAGAAAGGCCACAAUCACUAACACGAGAGUGUAUACGGUGCUCACGUGGUGCUGCGUAAUUCAUUUACUGUACUAUUCAUUCGUCAUCAGUAAAUACUUCACCCAUGGUGGGUUAGACUUCAUUUGGAGUGUCAGUAUGUAAGUGUUCUAAAUUAAACUCAGUAUAAAUCACAUGACUUCGGCGUGAAUAAUGGAGUCCUAAUUCAAAAAAACUUGAAAACAAUGCUAGCUAGUUAGCUAAUAUCAUAUACAGCUUCCAAUUUAUAUUAUAAUUCUUAAUUUUGUUUUGUGUCCUGCUUGUGCCGAAUACGGCACAGAACUACACUACCCAUCAGCCCCAGCAUGUCACAUGACCAUGUCACAUGCCUCACUGAUCACUCACACCUGUCCCGAGUUACUCCUAAUAAGCACCCCUAUUUAAGUUCUGUGCGUUUCAUUGUCCAGCUUUCGUUGCCAUAUUUGUGGUUUUUCCAUGUGUGCCACAGUAUCGCUCAUAGUUUGUAUGUUCUUUGCUUUGUAUGCUCCGUUCAUGUUUAUUGUCCUUGUCUUCAUGUCUUGUUGUUCUUGUUAGCACCUUACUUAAUAAAUACUAUCUGCACUUGCAUCCGUCUUCGCCUCCCAGUCCUGACAUCAUGCAACUGGAAAAGUCUUCGAAUGGCUUGUAGGCUGUUUGGCACAAAUUAUAAAUAUCGAAACUUCAAUUUCUUUCUGCAGAAUUUUCACUACGCUUCCAGAAAGUGUGUUUCCUCACUGUACCCUUCACAUAUAACAUUUUCCAGCUAAUUUGAGUUGAACUGACAGCCAGCUAGAGUGGUGUAGUUUUAGCGAGAAGGUAAGAGUCAGAUUCCUGUAAAUAACAAGCCGGCUGAUGUACUUCACACACAAACAUCUGUAGUAAAUGUUAUUUAGUUUGUUUAUAAUACUAAUAAAUGUUAUUCUAAAUUAAGCACAUUUCAACCUUUCACAACUUCAAAUCAGUCAAAUCACAGUGAAGUGAAGUGACUUGUGGCCAAGUAUGGUGACCCAUACUCGGAAUUUGUGCUCUGCAUUUAACCCAUCCAAGUACACACACACACACACACACACACACACACACACACACACACACACACACACACACACACACACACACACACACACACACACGGAGCAGUGGGCAGCCUUUUUUGCUGCAGUGCCGGGGAGCAGUUGGGGGUUCGGUGCCUUGCUCAAGGGUCUCACCUCAGUCGUGGUAUUGAGGGUGGGAGAGAGAGCGCUGGUCAUUCACUCCCCCCACCUACAAUCCCUGCUGGACCUGAGACUCGAACCAAUGACCUUCAGGUUCACCUUCGGGUUGCAAGUCCGACUCUCUAUCCAUUAGACCACGACUGCCCCCAACUCCCCCAACUGCCCCAACUGCCCCAACUGCCAGACAGCGUAUGUAACUAAAACAUUAAUCAAGAGUUGUGGCAGCAGUGAGUGCAGGAAUAGCGUAGCACUCAUAAGCAUCUUUUAAAGCUCCAUGUUAAGGUCUCUGACCUAGAGAUGAGACUAAAGCACUUUUUCUUUAUUCCAAUACCGAUACUGAUACUGAAACCUUGAGUAUCAGCUUAUAAGGAUACCCAGCUGAUAUUUUUUUCUUUAAAAUCUA